AUGAACUCAACUACAGUUGAAUCAUGGUUUAUUCCUCUCGAUAUUAUAGCAAUAAUAUGUCUUGCCUUGACCAUUGCAUUGGCUACCAUUGCUCUCAUUAUUAUCAUUAUGGAUAAAACAUGUCAUACAGUUCCAAUGUUAUUAACUGCAAAUAUAUGUUUAACUGGAUUGUUAUGUGGAAUCGAUACAAUUGGAAUGAAUGGAUUUACAUUAUACAAUGAUCUUAAACAAAUUGAAUAUGAAGAUUCGUUUUGUUUUAUUAUUGGAUUUUUCAAUUAUAGUACAUGUGCAUUACAUAAUUAUUCAUAUGUCACAUCCGCUAUUUACCGUUAUAUAACAAUAGUUCACCCAACUCGUUUAUUUUGGCAAUCGGCACGUGCACAAAUCAUACUCAUUGUUCGAUUUGUUCGUGGAAUGAGUCAACGUGUUACCGCAGCAAAUACAUUGUCUCGUGCACAAAGAGAUUUAAAAAUGGUUCGUCGAGUUGUUACUCUUGUUCAGAUUUUAUUUAUUAGUGGUUUUCCAUUGAGUCUAUUUAUUUUUCUAUCAUUCUUUAAUCAUGCACCAAAAUAUCACUUUCGUAUCGGUUUUCUAUUUGUUAAUGCAUCAAUGUUAUUAGUAAAGAUUACAUUAUUUCAAUUUACUGAUCCACUAAAAGUAGCUAUAAAGAAAAUAUUACGUCGUCGAUUGAAUAUAGUGUUACCAAUACCGGCGAUUACUCGUAGUUUGACUUAA